CCUCUCUCUUCAUGCCCAGGCUGGUGUCAAGAUGGAGUGUCUAACCCAGUAACCCAAGGACCAGAGCCUGAGUGCACACAGCAUGAUCUCCUUCUGUCCAGCAUGUGGCCAAAGUGUCAAAGCAUCAUUCAAGUUCUGCCCGUACUGUGGCAAGGCCCUGCCUGUAGAGGAGCCUGGAGGCACCCAGCCUGACACUCCGCCUCUGCUGUCAUCCCUUCGAGGCUCGAGGAGAGGACUGAGCUCCAGUUCUGAAAGCUCCCCCAAGAGAGUGAAGUGGCCACACACUGUCACUUCCCUCCCGCCCUCGCUCCACUCCGACUGGGACAGUUCUGAGUCUGAAGAAACCCUGGGUUCUCCUGACAGAGCCACAGGCACCUGGAGCAGACCCCCGACCCCCAAAGGCAGUCCCCAGACCACCAGGCUAAGCCCUCAGACCCUGAAACGGAGCCGGGUGACCACCUCACUCCAGGCUUUGCCCACGGGGACAGAGCUGACAGACAAGAACGGGCAGCACUGGACACUGGGGGCUCUCCAGACGCGGGAUGACCAAGGCAUUCUCUAUGAAGCUGAGCCCACUUCCGUCUUCCCCUGUGAAUCAAGGACCCAGACACACAGAUUCUCGCUCAAAUUGGACUCCAAGGAUGGGCGCCUUUUCAAUGAGCAGAACUUCUUUCAGAGAGCAGCCAAGUCUGUGCAAGUGAACAAGUGGAAGAAGCAGUGCCUGGUCCCACUCUUGGCCAUCCCCACCUGCGUGGGCUUUGGCCUUCACCAGGACAAGUACAGGUUCCUGGUGUUCCCCAGCCUGGGCCGGAGCCUUCAGUCUGUCCUGGAUGACAACGCAAAGCAUGUGAUAUCAGAGAGGUGUGUGCUACAGGUAGCCUGCAGGCUGCUGGACACUCUGGAGUUUAUCCAUGAAAAUGAGUAUGUGCACGGCAACCUCACGGCCGAGAAUGUGUUUGUGAAUCCAGAGGAUCUGAGCCAGGUGACCCUGGUGGGCUAUGGCUUCACCUUCCGCUACUGUCCUGGUGGCAAACACGUGGCCUACAAAGAAGGCAGCAGGAGUCUACACGAGGGGGACCUGGAGUUCAUUAGUGUGGACAUUCACAAGGGAUGCGGGCCCUCCCGCCGCAGUGAUCUCCAGACCUUGGGCUACUGUAUGCUCAAGUGGCUUUAUGGGUCCCUGCCAUGGACAAACUGCCUUCCCAACACCGAGGAGAUCACUAGGCAGAAGCAGAAGUAUCUGGACAGUCCUGAGCCCCUUGUGGGACUGUGUGGCCGUUGGUGCAAGGCCUCAGAGACCCUGCAGGAAUACCUGAAAAUGGUGAUGGCCCUCAAGUAUGAGGAGAAGCCGCCCUAUGUCACACUGAGGAGCAGUCUAGAAGCCCGGCUGCAGGAUCUGCGGGUGUCACCCUAUGACCCCCUGGACCUCCAGAUGGUGCCUUAGGUGGAAUCCAGGUGAGGAGGUUGGUGACUUGGCCCCUGACCCCAGCCAGGCCUGUGAGGGACUGGGUGCCCCAGGCCCAGCUCCUGGGAGAUCCUCGGUUUCCCCAUGGGCUCCUGAAGUCAAUUCAAGAGAAAUCCAGACAGCUAGAAUUCAUCCGGAUGAUUUGUGGUAACCAGAAAAUUCUGCGGGUAGCCAGGUGUGAUGGUGCCUGUCAGUUACCCCAGCACUGAGGUGGAGACAGGAGAAUCAGGUCAGUGCUGGCUUUAGCUGUAUAAGACGCUAUUAUAAA